AUGGCAUUUGUUUCUCUAGAUAUGUCAUUCCUUCGAGAAGAAGUGACGCGGUUGAACUCGAACAUGACGGAAUUUAAUAGUCGCUUGACUUCGGCUGAAGAGAGAAUUUCCGCUUUGGAAUCGCAAGACGCUGCCAAUCAAAGCCAAGCCGAAGAGAGAAGCAAAGCGGAAAUUUCGCGAUUACGCAUGGAGUUUAAUGAGAGGGAACAGAACCACUUUGCAAUGGAUCUCGAAUUGGCUUGCGUUGCCGAGAAGCCUGGUGAGAACACACUUAAUAUCGUCAUACCAUGUGCGAGGAAAGUCGGUCUCGACCUCACCGAACAAGACAUAGUGAGUGCAGAGCGUUCGGGACAGCGACGUUUCGCGGCAGCUGACGGCGAGCGAGUGCGACCGCGUCCUGUUGUAGUGCGGCUGACGCGCCGCUCACUGCACGACGAACUGCUGCGAGCGGCGCGCGUGCGGCGCGGCGUCGAUACGUCGGGCAUCAUCGAUGGGGAGCUGCGACGCUAUUACUUCAAUGAGCGACUCACACCUCUCAAUCGCUACCUUUUUUUUAAAACACGAGAGGAAGGUAGAAAGAAGGUGAGGAGGGUCGAGCACCACAUAUUCCAGGAUAUCGUCUACGCCACAAACCGCGCCCUAUUGAAGUGCGUGGCCGUGGUGGUGGUGUGGGCUAUUACAUUAGGCGAGGAAUAG